CAUGCAAGGCAACAUAUAAUUUUCUUUAACACAAUUGUACGUAAAGAAUGAAAGUAUAAGCAGUCUUUUGGCACACAAACACACAUCGUAGUUGCAUUGCAUGAAAAUACACACUCACACUCACACACAAUAAAAACACCAAAGCAAAAGUAUAGUGUCGUGUAUUAUCACCUUUCUCCGUAUAAAGCAAAGUGUUGCCUCCAUGUCACGCUCUUACUUCGAGAAACUCUUAACAUAAUCUCUCCAACCUAUAAAGAAAACCAACCUCACCCCUUAAUCCUUCAUAGUAAAAAUAUUUCAAUUCUUCUUUCUCUCUCUCCCUCUAUUUUCUCUCUUCAAUCAUUAUGAAAUUAUUAUAGCCUUUUUUUGUAUCUUGUUCUAUAUAUCUUAUAUAGUAUAGGGUGACACAUCUUGAUUUUCAUCAUCCUAUAUAGUGUCCUAUCUAUGACAUAAAAAUCAUAUAAGAAGAAAAAAAGUGUUGCAUAUGGAUACUAAAACUAGUAGUAGUUAUUUUGUUUCAAGGUUUUUGUUUAGAGUACUUGUAGUGGUGGGGUUUGUUUGUUUUAUGUUUUUUGGUAGCUUAGUGAGUGGUGGAAGAACGGUACAAACAACAAGUACUACUACAAAACUUGAUGAUGAACAAGUUGAUGUUGUUGGAAACCAUGAUGCACAAUUGGAUUUCAAUUAUAUGAGUAAAAGAAGAGUCCCCAAUGGGCCAGAUCCUAUUCACAACAGGAGAGCUGGAAAUUCUGGUAGACCACCUGGUCAAAGUUAGUCAAUUGAGAAUCAUACAAGCUUCAUCAAACAUGCAGAAGAUGACAAAAAAAGGGCUAAUCAAAGUGCUAAUGGAAAUUGAUUUAUUAUGGGAAGAGUUUUGUGGUCUUAAAAGGGAAAAGAAGCUUGUGUCCCAAACAAAAUAAGUUCAAAAGAAUCCAAAAUUUGUUUCAUGAUCAGCUUGUACAAAAACUGCAAUUUAAUGAGUGUUACACUUUUAUUUUUUUGAACUUAUCUUAUGAAGAUGGGGGUGGAGCUUGAAAGAAAAAAGAGUCACAAAUUUCAAUGAAGAAGAUUUGUGUGCAUACAAGCUAUAAUUAUAGUUUUAAAUUGCAGUCUACAAUACAACUGCAAUUACAAUCAUAAUGUGCAAGAUUUACAAUUUUU